AUGAACCACCUCCUCCAUCACCAGAAGACCAAGGAGAUAACACCUCCCUCAUCAACAGAAGACCUUGGAGAUGAAACCACCUCUCAUCACAGAAGACCAUGGAGAUUAACCACCCCUCAUCAACAGAAGACCAAGGAGAGUAACCACCUCCCUCAUCAACAAAGACCAAGGAAAGAACCACCUCCUCAUCAUCGGAUUGACCAAGGAGAAAACCACCUCUCAUCAACAGAAAGACCAAAGGAGAUGAACCCCCUCCUCAACAACCAGAAGACCAAGGAGAUGAACCACCUUCUCAUCAACAGAAGGCCAAGGAGAAAACCGACCUCCCUCCAUCAACGUGAGGAAGACCAAGGAGAUGACACCUCCCCAUCAACCGUAAGACUAAGGAGAUGA